AUGUCAUCAUUGAAUGUUGACAGCAGCCUUCUACCAGAAGAGCAGUUCCUGUGCUCUAUCUGCCUGAAUGUGUUCACUGAUCCAGUUACCACUCCUUGUGGCCACACCUUCUGCAAAGUUUGUAUUAGUGGAUACUGGGAUAACAGUGAGAUAUGCCAGUGUCUAAAAUGUCAGAAACGAUUCUAUGUGAGACCAGAGGUCUCCACCAACUCUGUGAUAGAGGAGAUCUCAGUGCAUAUCAAGAGAAGAAGACUUGAUAUACCAGAAUGCUCAGUUUCCGUUGGGGAGGUGGCUUGUGAUGUUUGUUCCACAAUAAAGCUCAAGGCCCUGAAGUCCUGCCUGGUGUGUCUGACCUCUUACUGUGAGAUUCACCUGGAGCCUCAUCAGAGAGUGGUGAAUCUGAAGAGACACAAGCUGAUCGACCCUGUGAAUAACUUGGAGGACAGGAUGUGUAAGAAGCACGAAAGAGGCCUGGAGCUGUUCUGUAGGACUGAUCAGACAUGUGUGUGUGUUUUGUGUACUGAGACUGACCACAAGUGUCACAAUACUGUACCCAUUGAAGAGGAGGGAGUAAAACAAAAGGCUGAGCUUGUGCCCACUAAGGCAGAGGUGCAGAAAAUGAUUCAGGACAGACAUGCAAAGAUGGAGGAGAUCAAACACUCAUCUAUAAAAAAAAGGAGAGCUAAGCUUGUCAAGGUAAUAGAGGAGAGGCAAAAAGCAGCGGAGAGGAGAGCUGAAGGGCUCACCCAACAGUUGGAGCAGGAAAUCACUGAGCUACAGAAGAGAAGCACUGAGCUGGAGCAGCUCUCACACACUGAGGACCACCUCCACCUCCUACAGAGUUUGCCGUCCCUUCGCACCCCUCCGUCUACUAAGAAAUGGUCCAGGGUGAGUGUUAACACUGAUCUGUGUGUGGGGACUUUGAGAAGAGCCUUGUCUCAAAUUGAGGAAAACAUAAGAGGAGAACUAAAAGUUCUUACAGAAAUAGAACUCACAAGAAUGCAAGAGUUCAAAGAUGAAGUCACUCUGGACCCCAACACUGCAAAUCGUUGGCUACAGCUCUCUGAAGACGGAAUGCGAACAAAGUACGCCAAAACAGCCCAGACGGUGUCUGACAAUCCAAAGAGGUUUGACUACUACUCAGCGGUCUUAGGAGAGAAGGGUUUCAACUCUGGACGCCAUUACUGGGAGGUCCAGGUGGGCGUGAGUGGGAGGUGGGAGGUUGGCAUUGCCAUGAGGGCCGUCAACCGGAAGAAGGCGGUUAAAAAGAAUUCCGAACAUGGCUUCUUUGUUCUGUCAAAGAGCGGAUACUUGGAGUAUGAGGCUGGUUCUUCACCCCCUACCACCUUCAAUCUGAACCCCAUACCGAGAAGAGUCGGUGUGUAUGUUGAUUACGAGAAAGGGCAGGUGUCUUUUUAUGAUGUGCUGGCAAAGUCACACCUCUACUCAUUCCUUGGUCUGUCCUUCACCGGGAAACUUUACCCCUACUUUUACCUCUACAGCAUGAAAAAGAAGUCUGAGUCACUAGUCAUUUACAUCGAUUGGAUAAAGAAGUACAAAGACCAUUUGAGGAGACUCUCCAAUACCGCAAAGUGA